CAGAGACGAAUCGUAGGUCUUAGUAAGUAAUAAACAUCCAACAUGGCGGAGCUGCUGCUGGACUCAGACAUCAGGAUAUGGGUGUUCCUGCCCAUUGUGCUCAUCACCUUCCUGUGUGGCAUCCUGAGGCAUUAUGUGAGUGUCCUGAUAUCCACGCAAAAGAAGGUGGACCUCACGCAGCUGCAGGACAGCCAAGCCAUGAUCCGGGCCAGGAUGCUGCGGGAGAACUGCAAGUACAUCCCGGAGCAGUCGUUCCUCAUGAGGCGCCACUUCUUCAACAAUGACGACUCAGGUUAUCUGAAGACAGUGAAGCGCACCGCUGCCUCGCAGCACAUAACGGACCCCAACAUGAUGGUGGAGAUGCUGAAGGGGCAGCUCACCAACAUGCUGCCCAUGAUUGCCAUCGGCGGCUGGAUCAACUGGACCUUCUCUGGCUUUGUCACCACCAAGGUUCCAUUCCCCCUCACACUGCGGUUCAAGCCCAUGCUGCAGCGAGGCAUUGAGUUGGUGUCCCUCGAUGCCUCCUGGGUGUCCUCCGCCUCCUGGUACUUCCUCAAUGUGUUUGGGCUGCGCUCUAUCUACACGCUGGUCUUGGGAGAGAAUAAUGCUGCAGACCAGGCCCGCAUCAUGGAGGAGCAGAUGUCGGGUGCAGCGAUGGCCAUGCCGCAGGAUCCCAAGGCAGCGUUCAAGGCAGAGUGGGAGGCCUUGGAGAUCGCAGAGCACCGGUGGGCCCUCAAGGAUGUGGAGUCAGACCUGCUGCAGAAGGCGGAGGUGGAGUGGUCUGGCAGUGGUCAGUCGUAUGGGGCCACUUCUUAGACUCAUGGUUAUGCAUUCAGUGUGCGUGUAGUUUUGUGGAUGUUUGAGGAUGUGCUGUUGUAUAUUUAUUACUCUCUCUCUCUCUCUCUCUCUCUCUCUCUCUCUCUCUCUCUCUCUCUCUCUCUCUCUCUCUCUCUCUCUCUCUCUCUCUCUAUUCUUUACAGUUUCCCCUCAGUUCUUUUUGUACAAUCUUUUUAAUAAUACUUCCCAUUCUCUCAAGCCGGUACUCGCUCUUCCCUCCCAUUCUGUUUGUUAGCAUAAGAAGAAACGACUACCCACGUGUAAUGAAUGGUGGAUGCCUUGGGCGAUGUUUUGUUCAGAGAAAUCAGAGUCAGAACUAAAAUAGCUGGACAGUGGUUAAUGUUGAGGAUUAUAGUACAUGUAGCAAGUAGUGGCAUCUUUGAAACUAGACCAUUUGAAGAGGGCUGUCAUAUUUUGUACUGUAUGGAUGGUGUUGUAUCGGUUAAGAUAACGUACUCCACUCCUGUGUUUUCUGUAUGCAGUGAAAGGGAGGGUUACAAAUUCCAGGGAAAUAACUUAACUCUAGCUUUUAUUUUCCCAGCUACACAUUAUCCUUGCAUUAGUAUUUCUUGUAACUCGCCUCAUUUUAUUACUGUGAUACCCAGGCCUUGGUAAUCCCUUGGUGGUGGUCACAACAAUUGUCUCCAUUUGUUUUUUGUCCACUCCACUCUUGUACACCAUUUGUUUUAUUCUAUGGAGACUUGCUCCUCUAGUGGGCCUUUUUCUUUUUGUUGCCCUAGUCCAAAUUCCUUCUUACAUUAUAAAAAAUUCCAUACACUCCACUAUUGUUCACUACCUUUCCAUUAAUCUUCCAUCUCAUCUCCCCUCUUUCACUCCAAAACCAGUCUUUUCUUUCCUUCAUGCCUUUAUUCCAUUGAGCCUUUUAUUUAAUUUUAGUAUGUACCUUGUAUCUGUGUGCGUCUCUGCCCACCUGUGCAUUGAAGUCAUAUUUUCAUCAGGGUAUUACUAAUGGAAUAUUGUACAUUAUAAGGCUCAAAGUCAACUUGAAAUAAAAAGUGAAUGUU